AUGGACAACAGGUUCGGGACGUCCGCAUACGAAAACAACCGAUUCAGCGUCACGGACAACAGCUGGCUCAGGUAUCUGAAGCCGCAGGACGGUAGGGUGAACGGAAUGGGGGAAAAACAGCCAGGCGGUCCCCCAGGGGAGAAGCAGGUUGGGUCCGGGGAUCCGCUGAGGACAGAGGUCAAGCCCCGCCCAAACGAUCGCCCGUCACUGAGGGAUGUACUGAUGGAUUUCUCCCAGUCAACCACUCUCCAUGGACUAAGAUACAUUUGUCUCGAAGGAGCUUUUCUGGCAAGGAGAUUACUUUGGCUGGUGCUGUUCACGGGCUGUGCAGGUGUGAUGGGGUACCAGAUCAUUGACCGCAUCCUCUACUACUACAGCUGGCCAGUCACCGUCAACGUCCACGUCAACUUCAACGCUUCCCUGUUGUUCCCGUCGGUGACUCUCUGUAACCAGAACGCCUUCAGAGCAACGGCCGCCACGGAGGCAGGACGGUACCGCCUGAUAGAAGAGAUGUACACCAAGUCACAUGACUUCAACGCCAGCCAACUGUUGGCCUACAACGCCUCCAACAUCACCCUCAACGACCUGUAUGAGAGGGCGGCACACAGAAGGGAAGACCUGAUUGUCGCGUGUGAGUGGCAGGACAAGAGUUGCUCUGCAGAAAACUUCACGAAGGUAUUCACUGACCACGGCGUGUGCUACUCCUUCAACGCUGCAGACGACGACCCCUUAAUGGUCACUUCAGCAGGUAGGUCUGGUUGCUCUGCAGAAAACUUCACGAAGGUAUUCACUGACCACGGCGUGUGCUACUCCUUCAACGCUGCAGACGACGACCCCUUAAUGGUCACUUCAGCAGGCUCCGACUAUGGCCUGAAACUGACGUUGAACGUGGAGCAGUAUGAAUACAUGCCGGGACCUCAUGACGCAGCUGGUGUUAAAUUGCUACUACACGACAGAAAAGAGUUCCCUAAAGUGCACGAGCUUGGCCUUGCUAUUCCCACUGGCUCGCACGCCUUCAUCGGAAUCCAGUUGGUCUCGAUAAAGAACCUCCCGAAGCCCCACGGCGACUGUGGCGUUGCCGAGUCGGAGUACUACAACAUGUACUCCACUGACGCCUGUCAGCUGACCUGCAUGACAAAGAUCCUGGAUGAGGAGUGUGGAUGUCGUCAUCACUACAUGCCGAACGUCGAUGACACACCACCGAUCUGCACCCUGGAACAAUUUUACUCCUGCUAUGAUAAGAUUAUUGGCGAUGUGAAGGUGAAGGUCAGACGAGAAUGUGGCUGUCCCAUCCCCUGCUUCUUCCUCAUCUUCGACCCCACCAUCUCCUUCGCCACCACGUCAGUGUACGCCACCGACAAACUCCUAUCGUCCGGUGUUGAGAACCUUCAGAAGCGGUUCAUGGAAGCAAGGGAGACAACUAGUCGAAUGGACCGCUCCCAGUUCGACAAAUUCAAUUUAAUGGAAAGUGACGUACAGGAACGAUUGAACAUCUUGAAGAAGGUGAUGUUUGAAGAAGUAGAGACAAACAUCAUAGAACAGGAACAGAUCCUCUCCUCCAUCUUGAACGACACGCUGGCGUCGUGGGAUGCGAAGAUGCAUCUGUACAGCUGGCAGGAAUACAUCGUCCAAAAGAACUUCAUGAGAGUAAGGCAAGCAAUGGAAGAAAGGACAUUCAACUAUCUCGCCAUGGGGUUUCAAGAAUACGCCUACCAGAUUGAAUCCAAAAUCAAGCAGCUUGCCAACUCGUCCAUAUCAUCCCCGGAAGUAAGACAGGCCCUUCAUAUUCUGACUCUGAAUGAACUAGGGGGGCGUAUAGAUCUAGCAGACAGAGCUUAUGAUAACUACACCCAAUUGUACGACGCGUACUAUAACGCUAGUCCUGUGUUCAGGUACAGGUACCGUAAUGAGAGCAGGGACGACAACAUCUACAUCGGCCCCCACGUCCUCCUUCGUCAGUCACUCCUCUACUCCCCCUACGCAGUCAAAUACAGCGGAAGAGUGGGCAAGGAUAUUCUCAAAUUCAAAGACGCCCUGCUAAGAUAUGUCGAUCUAGCUGAUACAGCUUAUUACACCAACACGCUUAAUAUGACCGAACUUCACCUUACGAAUAUUAACUUUAUGUAUCGUGGAAGAACUUAUUACUUCAGUAAAGCAACGUUCUACUUCGAAUCUAUAGAUUACCCUCUCCGGACUCUUCGAGAGCGCAUUGAGACAUUUGAAGCAUAUCAUCGAUCAUUUACGACACAUGUGAAAGAAAUGAUGGACAACGUUGCAAGUUUGAAGUUUUCGUUAAAUUCGUUAAAAUCAUCAAUUAUUGAUAACUUGGAUGGCGGAUUAGGCCUCGCAAAUAAUUAUUUUACAUAUGGAAACAUCAGUAAGUUGGAAGUGGCCCGUGUUUUGACUGCUCCUAUUAUAUACGAGGGAAUCAGCAGCAUGAAAAUAUUUUUUCAAGAAGUAAGGUCACGUGGUCAGAAUGUGUACGAUGGUUGGUUAGAUUUGAUCCAAUCAACAACAGAUAUCUGGAGUUCAAUCCUAAAUGACGAAGAUAUGACAAAAUAUUAUGAAUAUAAACAAAUGACGCGUUUCUUGCAAAAUAUAUCUGAUGUAGCUGAAGAAAUUGAGGCAACCUACAUGGAAUACAGGAGUGCCUUUGACUUCCGGUUCCUAGUCGGCACCGCUGACAGCACCUUCUUGAAGAGUCUGGAAGAUCUCAUGGAGCUUAUGACGGCAUAUCUUCAUUCCAGCAAGGUCGACUCCAAGUUCAUACAAGAAAACUUCCUUCAGUUGGAUAUAUUUUACCGCGAGCGAAGUUACGAACAGAUCACCCAACAGGUUGCAUACGACAUGUUUUCCCUGUUAUGUGACAUUGGCGGAUCCAUGGGUUUAUUUGUUGGUGCCAGUGUAUUGACAAUCUUCGAAUUGGUGGAUCUGUUGUUCGACCAGACAGUUUUCAGACUUACCAACAGACGGAUAUCCUAGUUGAUUGCACAAAAUCUGAAGAAAACAAACAAAAAGAGCUCGGGCGUUAUGGCAGAUGAGCUGAAGACGCAUCAGAUACGCUGAAAAAAGUUGUUAAUUAUUUCGAGGCUCAAGCCAUGGAAGAAGCUCAGAGGGUAAUGUCAGAUGCUAGCUUCGCAGUACAACGAGGUCAACAGGGAAGCCAGAUAGGCAGCUUUCAGCGUUAUAAAGAGAUGAUCAAUAACAGGGAAGUAAACGUUGCCCCAAAACUGAUGAAGAAAAGAGAACUGAAUCACAUGGGUAACAUACUGUAUCACAAGGGUAACAUAUUGUAUCACAUAGGUAACAUAGUAUAUCACAUGGGUAACAUACUGUAUCACGCGGGUAACAUAUUGUAUCACAUAGGUAACAUAGUAUACCACAUGGGUAACAUACUGUAUCACCAUGGGUAACAUCAAAAUCACAUAGGUAACAUAGUUUAUCACAUGUGUAACAUGGUAUAUCACACGGGGAACAUAUUGUAUCACAUGGGUAACAUAGUUUAUCACAUGGGUAACAUGAUAUAUCACAUGGGUAACAUAUUGUAUCACAUGAGUAGUAUAAUAUAUCACAUGGGUAACAUACUGUAUCACAUGGGUAACAUCAAAUAUCACAUAGGUAACAUAGUUCAUCACAUGAGCAACAUGGUAUAUCACAUGGGUAACAUAGUUUAUCACAUGGGUAACAUAGAAUAUCACAUGGGUAACAUAGUUUAUCGCAUGGGCAACAUCAAAUAUCACAUAGGUAACAUAGUUUAUCGCAUGGGCAACAGUUUAUCACUAUGGUAACAUAGUAUAGCUCAUUGGUAACAUAGUAUAUCACAUGGGUAAGAUAUUGUAUCACACGGGUUACAUCUUAUAUCCCAAUGGUAACAUAGUGUAUCACAUGGGUAAGAUAGUGUAUCACAUGGGUAAGAUAGUAAUCAAAUGGGUAGAAUAGUUAUUCACAUGGGUAACAUACAUAUGAGUAUAAUUUGAGUCACAUGGGUAUCAUAGUGUAUUAAUAUGACUGUAUCAGGCAUUUAAUGUACAUACACGCUCCUGUCUAGUGUGGCAGUAAGUCCAUGGAUGUACAUACACACUCCUGGCUAGUGUCACACUGUGGCAAACAGUCAAUGGAUGUACAUACACACUCCUGUCUAGUGUCACACUGUGGCAGUCAGUCCAUGGAUGUACAUACACACUCCUGUCAAGUGUGGCAGUCAGUCCAUGGAUGUACAUACACGCUCCAGUCUAGUGUUACACUGUGUCAAACAGACCAUGGAUGUACAUGCACAGUCCUGUCUAGUGUCACACUGAGGCAGUCAGUCCAUGGAUGUACAUACACACUCCAGUCUAGUGUUACACUGAGGCAGUCAGUCCAUGGAUGUACAUACACACUCUGUCUAGUGUUACACUGUGGCAAACAGACCAUGGAUGUACAUACACACUCCUGUCUAGUCUUACACUGUGGCAAACAGACCAUGGAUGUACAUACACACUCCUGUCUAGUGUUACACUGUGGCAAACAGUCCAUGGAUGUACAUAAACACUCCAGUCUAGUGUUACACUGUGGCAGUCAGUCCAUGCAUGUACAUACACACUCCAGUCUAGUGUUACACUGUGGCAGGCAGUCCAUGCAUGUACAUACACACUCCUGUCUAGUGUUACACUGAGGCAGUCAGUCCAUGGAUGCACAUACACACUCCAGUCUAGUGUUACACUGUGGCAAACAGACCAUGGAUGUACAUACACACUCCUGUCUAGUGUUACACUGUGAUUGUCAGUCCAUGGAUGUACAUACGAACUCCUGUCUAGUGUUACACUGUGGCAGUCAGUCUAUGGAUGUACAUACACUCCUGUCUAGUGUUACACUGUGGCAGUCGGUCCAUGGAUGCACAUACACGCUCCAGUCUAGUGUUACACUGUGGCAAACAGACCAUGGAUGUACAUACACACUCCUGUCUAGUGUUACACUGUGA